AAAUGCAUCGCCGACUUGCGCGUCACCAAUCCUCGCCAUGAUAAGAGGCGCAUUGAGAGCAUGAAGGGCAGCCUCCUCAAAGACUCCUACUCAUGGGUGCUCGGCAACCCGGAUUUUCGCCAGUGGCGCGACAAUGCCGACCAGCGACUACUCUGGGUCAAAGGUGAUCCGGGCAAAGGCAAGACCAUGCUACUCUGUGGAAUCAUCGAUGAACUCGAGAGGAUGCGCACUGAGGGACAGAUUCUAUCCUACUUUUUCUUCCAAGCCACCGACAAGCGCAUCAAUACUGCGACGGCUGCGUUGCGCAGCCUGAUCUACAUGCUCCUCGACAAGGACGCCUCCCUUGUUUGUCACCUGAAAAAGCAGCACGCAACCGCCGGUAAAGACCUUUUCGAAGACACCAACAGCUGGCAGGCGCUAUGUGAAAUCUUCGACGACAUUCUCCAGGAUCUCAAACUUCACGAAGUUGUCCUUGUUGUCGACGCUCUUGACGAGUGUUUACAAGGUCUGCCAGUGUUCCUCGACCUCGUGGUCAGGACAUCGCAAAUGACCAGAGCGAAAUGGCUCGUUUCAAGCCGUAAUUGGCCACAGAUUGAGAGGUUGAUACGCAAAGGGGCGCACAGGCUGUCGCUUGAGGUCAACGAAAAUUCAGUUGCGAAAGCCGUGAACAAGUACAUCAAGUACAAGGUCUCCAAGCUUGCGCAAGACAUGGAUUGUUGCAAUGAUGUCUCUGAGGAGUUACAGCACUAUCUCAUGUCGACCGCAGAUGGUACGUUUCUCUGGGUUGCCUUGGUUUGUCAAGAACUCGAAACGACUGAGGCAUGGGACGUAUUACAGAAAGUCAAGUCCUUCCCCCCGGGACUUGAUGCUCUGUAUCAGGCAAUGAUGAUGCAAACACUCGCCUCAGAAUAUACUGAAUCCUGCAAGCAGGUCCUCGCAUUCGUAGCAACGGCUUAUCGCCCGCUGUCUUUGUCUGAGUUGAUCACUCUGGUUGGGAAGUCCUCUCGCAUGGGGGCCGAGAUGCUCCAAGGGAUCAUCAGUCGCUGCGGCUCAUUCCUCACUAUUCGCGAGGACAAGGUGUACUUUGUCCAUCAGUCGGCAAAGGACUUCUUAACGAAGUCGCACGCGGUCGUUCUCUUUCCCAACGGACAGCCAUCAGUUCACAGCCAGAUUCUCGAGAACUCAGUCAAGGCUAUGUCCAGCAUCCUGAAGCGCGACAUCUACAAUUUAUGCGAUCCAGGCUUCCCAAUUGAGAAAGUCAACCCGCCAACGCCUGACCCACUCUCGACAAUCAGGUACUGCUGCAUCUAUUGGGUCAAUCAUUUAGUGGAUGCCUUUACGGAUCAGGUUCAAGGCAGCAGUGCACGCAGCGGCGGAAUAGCAGACAGCUUCUUGCGGAAUAAGGCGCUCUACUGGCUUGAAGCGUUGAGUCUACUCCACGGCAUACCAGACAGCAUCGUUGCAUUAGAGAGGCUAAAACAGGGCAUUCCGCAGGACCAUCAAAGUGCUUCAGAUCUUCAGGCAAUAGUCGUUGACGUGUACCGUCUUCUACGAAGCUUCCGGCCAGCGAUUGAGGGCCGACCACUGCAAUGUUACGCCUCAGCACUCGUCUUCAGUCCUGCUAAAAGCUUGGUUCGGAAGCGCUUCCGCGGCGAGAGCCCGGACUGGGUUAAGUGUAAACCGGAGGUAUCGGAGCGGUGGAGCGCAUGUGAGGCGACACUCGAGGGCCAUACUGACUCGGUCUACUCAGCAGCCUUCUCCCCAGACGGCCGCCGCAUUGUCUCGGCAUCAUAUGAUAACACCGUCAAGCUGUGGGAUGCGGCUACAGGCACUUGCGAGGCGACACUCGAGGGCCAUACCGCCUCGGUCCUAUCGGCAGCUUUCUCUCCAGACGGCCGCCGCGUUGUCUCGGCAUCGUGGGAUAAGACAGUCAAGCUGUGGGAUGCGGCUACAGGUACUUGUGAGGCGACA